AUGUCGGCCGCCGUGGCGUGCCUGGACUACUUCGCCGCUGAGUGCUUGGUGUCCAUGUCCGCGGGCGCCGUGGUUCACCGCCGCCCGCCGGACCCCGAGGGCGCGGGCGGAGCCGCAGGCUCGGAGGUGGGUGCGGCGCCGCCGGAGUCCGCUCUGCCGGGUCCGGGGCCACCGGGACCCGCGUCGGUCCCCCCGCUCCCCCAGGUCCCCGCCCCCAGCCCCGGCGCGGGCGGCGCCGCGCCCCACCUGCUGGCUGCAAGCGUCUUGGCUGACUUGCGCGGCGGCUCUGGGGAGGGCUUCGGGGAGAACUCGGGGGAAGCUCUGCGCGCCUCGUCCGGCUCCUGCGACCCGACCCGGUGCUCCGGACCGACCCUGGGCUCAGAGCCGACCCCGGCCUCCAGCGCGGCCGAGGUCUCCGGACCCGCGCACUCCUCCGGCGCGCUCGCGGUCCCAGGCGCUCCUGCCGUCUCCGGAGCGCCUGCCGCCCCCGGGGCGGUCCCCGGCGUGGCCCCUGGGGCGGGCCCCGCCCCCGCCACAGGUCCAGUCCCUCGUCGGAGGCCGGUUACACCUGCAGCGAAGCGCCAUCGCUGCCCCUUUCCGGGCUGCAACAAAGCCUAUUACAAGUCGUCGCAUCUGAAGUCCCACCAGCGCACCCACACGGGUGAGCGCCCUUUCUCCUGCGACUGGCUCGACUGCGACAAGAAGUUCACGCGCUCCGACGAGCUGGCCCGCCACUACAGGACGCACACGGGCGAGAAGCGCUUCUCCUGCCCCCUCUGUCCCAAGCAGUUCUCCCGGAGUGACCAUCUGACCAAGCAUGCUCGCCGCCACCCGGCCUAUCAUCCUGACAUGAUCGAGUACCGCGGGCGUCGUCGCACUCCCCGAGUCGACCCCCAACCCACCAGCCUGGUGGACAGCUCCGCCUCCAUCCCCGGCCAGGAGCCCAGCCUCACCACCUGCCUGUCUGACAGUCAUUGCUGUUAGUCAUCCCCACAAGGACGAUCGCCCAGACCGUUGUCCCUGCCUUUUCCUUGCCCAACCCUCUCUCCCAGAGUCAUUAGACCAAGGCACAGACUGGUUCCUCUGCUCGGAGGAUGGGUCCAGGGAGGCACGUUGGACCCUGGGGAGGGACUGGGGGCCCGAAAAUAGCAGGAAUUCUUACAACACGUGUUAUCAACCUAAAGGGGAGAGGGUUGCCUCAAGACAGCCCCCAGGAACUGGUGACAAAGGGAUGAACCCCCGUACUCUCCAGAGUCCUGAAGAUUCUCCCCUGGAACCAGAGAUGUGAAACUGGAAUUCUCAGGUGCCUGAGGAGCUCCCAGUCUCAAAGGACUCUAGUGUCUUAUCCACCCGCCAGGGCGGACCUUGGAGAGGGUUUCAGGGGUGGCAGUCUUGGAAAUGUCCAGGACUGGAAUGGUGAGAGGCCUUUGGAAACAGAAAUGAUUUCUAUUUCUGUAAAUAGCAAUGUUUACUAAUUUAUUUUUAGUAUCUUUUAAACAGGGAUCCCAGGUUGAUGGGAGGUUGAUGUCCUCCACUCCCCAAUUGCCCCAGCUACCUCUGGUAGGAGAGGCCAUGUAAGAGUCCAUGUGAAUGUAUGGCUGGGAGAUGCUUCUUGGUGUCUGGGGAGUGUUGCGAGUCUGUUUGCAGGUCCUGUUGCAUGGUGUGGAACCCUGCACUUGCGCCGUAGCCUUUCUUCUCAUUUGGAUUCCUACUUGGGGAGGGCAACUUCCUGGCUCACUCUCACAGUGAGAUUGGUUGAAAAUUUUGGAAACAACCAUGAAAGUACCAGAAAUAAGAGAGUGGUCCAGGCUAGUUCCCCUUUUAGCCAGAGGGCACACCCAAGUGACUUUGGGUGAGAUAGGUCCAAAACAAGACCUUUCAGGAUCAUUGUUAAUAUUCAGGGAAAUAGGGGCGUGUGGUUCCAGCUGCCCAGUCCAAGUAAUCUCAGGUGUGGUAGAUUCUGUUCAUUUCUUAGUGGCUAACAAGGGGUUUAUUUCCCUUGGGAUCUGUGCAUUUUUGUUUUUGCAGUAAAUGAGUUGACGGUUUGGGGAGGGGAAGAUGAGAGUGGCUUUCUCCAAAGAUCUGGCUGCCCUGGACUUGGACUUGGGGAAGGAACAGUAAGGUGAAAAUUGUUAUCAAAUAGGAGGACCCUUCUCCCUUGACCUUGAAGUCCCUCCAAGUUAUACCCUCAGGACCCUUCUGCCCCAAUGCAGGAAUCAAGCAUCAGCAGUAUUUAUUUUUUCUAUAUGUGUCUCUGCUGCUAUGAACAAAGUUGUCGGUCACUCUGCUUAUGUACGUGUGAAUGUGUGUACAUGUGACCUUUUUACUAGAGAUGGGGCUGAAAGGAAUUUCCUGCUCUGGUAAGGCCCCGGCGCCCCCCUCCUGAAUAUCUUGUGGAGGGUGCCAUAAUCUCAAAGGACCAUAACAGGCAUCUAGUUAAACAAACCGCUUUCCCCUGUUUUGCAGAUGAAGACACUGAAGCCUAGAUAAGUUCAAAGUCUCAUGCUGAGUUGCUGGCAAAAGCCAUGAAUAGAAUUUAGGUAUCUGGCCUUCUAAGUGGCUCUUUCCCUCAGGCUUGGUUACCCCACCUCAUCUCUCUCUGGGCCCUUAAUCAAAGGACACCACUCUCCCUUCCUGCUACCAGUAUUCCCUCCCUUCCCAUUCCCUGUCACUUCUAGGUUGCUUCAAAUGUCCAGUCCCUGCUGAACACUAUGCCUGUUGUGCUUAGCUUCAAAGCCCCUUUCUUAGCCGGUUGAGUCCAUUCCCUCCUUCACACCAUGUGGAUUUAGAGUGGGAAUGUCUCUUUGGCAUUUGGGGAGAGAUUUUAUCUUGUGACCUGGUGGAUUAACUUUCACUGCCAAUUCUAUUCUUCCUCUGGUCCUGGGCAUUCUCUUUUCCUUGAGAGAGUGAGUGAUGCAAAGUUGACAUUGGGUCUCUACUAAGUGAGGGAAAUGUCCAUAAGAAGGACCCAAACUGUAUGCCCUGUGACUUUGAAGAAGUCAGUGUUUCCUGGUGCAGACUAAACAGGGAGGGUGGGGCCCUCUUUGAGCUACAUAUGGGAAGAGGAGGCCCCCAAUUGUGGAGGUGGGUUUUGGUUGGGGGAAGAGUCCUCCCUUUGCUCUGUUUGUCUCCUCAGCUCAGAUUGGAUAGGAAGGGCACUCCAGGCCCCCUUGAAGACUGUCAUUUUCCCUUCGUCUCCUUCAGUAGAAGAUCUGCCAUUGGGUAGGUGAACAAUGAAGCUAAUAGGAGAAAGACUCCCACUGACUGUUCUGGAAUUGGGCUCAAGAAAGCUUGGCUUUUCCAACCACCCUUUGAUAAAUAACUUUUGAUUCUCAA